UGCACGAUUUUCAUACUUGUUGUUUUAGAAAGUAAAGUUUAUUCAAGAACUUCUUUUUAACGGCUUUAAAUGCACAGUUGUUGUUGAAAAUGUGGGCAACGCCAGAUGAUUGCACCACUGUUGUGCGGAUUAUGCAGGAGUACGAUAAACUAGAGAGUGAAAGAUGCGAAGAUGAACCUUCCAAAUUUAGUCCUAUUGUUGGUCGUUUGACUUUCGACGAAAAUUCACCCCAUAUAGAUAACACCAGCUUAUACAGGUCACAAGUUAAGAACAGAAGCGGUCAUUUGGAUAGCACUUUUUGUCAAAGAGACUACAAAGAUCGGGAAAAAGACGUUGCUUUGUUGUGUGCCAAAGGAAGGAUAUCGCAUUUGGAGAAUGAAUCGCUUUAUUUGAAGACCGAGCGAAAACGGAGUAGGAUUGACGAAGAAAAAGAAAUAGAAAUACGAAAAGAAAGCCUACGACAAGAGAUUGAAAAGAACUCAGAACUGCAGCAGCAGCUGAAGUAUGUUGUUGAAGAGGAAAAGUGUGUUCGGGAUAAGCUGAAGGAAACAAAAAAACAGUUUGAAGAUUACAAGAAAAAGACAGAAGAGAAAAUUCAUGGUCUUCAAAGGCAAAUUUUGAAAUUGAACUCUGAAAUUGAGGAGUCGAAAGAAGAUUUUUGGAAACAAAUCACUGAGCUAAAAGAGAAGUCAACAAGACAAGAGACGGAAAAUUUCAUCGCUGAAAACAAACUGGAAGAUUGCAAAAACCAAUUGGACUAUUACAAGAAGCGUUAUUCUGAAGCAAUUACGCAUGUUGAUGAAAUGGAAGAAUCUCAUGCUAAAUAUAAAGGAUUGCAGCACAAAGUUGAGGAACUUGAAGAGAAACUCGCUCGUUGUGAGGAGGCCUCUGAGGUUGCCAUGACAAUGCAGAGUCAGAUCUCAAAGUACAACGAAAUUGAAUGUCAAAACUCGAAACUUAAGGAGGAAAACUUAUAUUUAAAGGUGACGACUAAAAACAAUGCCUUACUCAAUGAGAAGUUGGAAAGUUGUAGCAGUAAACUAAAGCGUGCUGAAAAGAAGCUAAAAAGUCUGGAACAAUUGGAAGUAAAGUAUGAAGAACAACGAGCUUUCAUUAAAAAAUGGGAAGUCGCAGGUGUUGAUGGAAUUAUGAGAUCGCCUGACGAGCUAGUUCAAGAAAUUGCAAGACUUCAAAAAGCACAAGUUGUUUUAUUACAAAAGCAUGGAGAAGCAUCAACAAGUGCCCGGAUUAGCUCGGAAGCAUUACGUCAACAGUCGGAAGAACUUCUUGAAUUGAAAUUAAAACAGUCUGAUCUCGAGGAAAAAAAUAAUGAACAAAAUGAACAACUCAAGAGGUUAAACAAACUACUAUCCCUCGUUUCCACCGAAAGAAAUGGUUGUCGUCGUUUGUUGAAUUCCUAUGACGGUGGAGAUCCUUCAAAUUACUCCCCACAACUAUCAAGUCGUGUGAAAAUGGCAGAGGAACAGCUGCAGACUUGUAACAACUAUGUGGAGAAUUUGGAGAAUGACUUGAAGGCAACAAUACUCAAAAACAGCGAGGCCAGAAUGAAGUAUAACCAGCUCAAGAUUAAAUAUGAUGAUUUGAUGAAUCCGAAUAAAACGCCAUACAAAAAUGUCGAAGAAGGCUCUUCCAAUACUGAUGAAAACCAAUCAGUAUCAAGAGAUGUUGUGGCGAAACUACAGUCGGAAAAUAAACAGCUGCAAGAAAAAAUCGACAUUCUUGAAACUCGCAUCGAACAGAGAAACUUGCAGGGAGAUUACGACCCCAGUAAAAUUAAGGUUGUUCAUUUCUCACACAAUCCUUUCACGCAUGCGCGGCAAGCGCGAUCUUCCGAACUGGAAAACAUGCGACAGGAAUGUGAAACGUUACGAAAGAAAGUAAAAAUGCUAGAAGAAGGUCCUAAUACAAGUGUUUCAAAAGUUGAACAAAUCAUUAUUGAGGAAGCAAGUCCACACGAGGUUAAAGAUUUGCAAGAACAGUUAUCCAGCGCGGAACGUCGAAACAAGAGAUUGAAAGAAGUUUUCGCUCAAAAGAUUCAAGAAUUUAGAGAGGCUUGUUAUUCUCUGACUGGUUAUCGUAUUGAUGUCGUACAAGAUCAACAGUACAAGUUGCAAUCUAUGUACGCUGAGCGAUCUUCUGAUUCGCUUCUUUUUCAGUGCAAUGCUAAUGGCAAAACAAUGCUCCUUGAAACUGACUUUUCUCAUCAAGUGAAAAAUCUGAUCGACCAAUAUCUAAUACAUUUCAAUUCGAUCCCAGCCUUCCUCAGCAGCGUCACUCUGGAACUUUUUGAAAAACAAACGCAGAUGAUAAACUAAGUUGAGUAAUCCCAGAGACAGGGAAGUGUUGAACUCAAAUGCAGUGUACAGAAAUAUUAUUUUAGUAUUUUCUUCCCUAUUUGCUUGUUUUUAUGUGUAAAAAAAUAAAAUUGACGAUUAACAUCCGUAUUAUGUAUA